UCAGUCAGAAUCAAAAGUCACAGCCCGGCGUGCAGCAGCGGAUGACAGACCCUCCCUCUGACGAGCUCAAACUGCUCUGAGAUCAGCCUGUUUGUCAGAGCGCAGCGGAGCGCGCGCAGCUCCGGACGCACCUGAGCGGUCCGCGCGGAGCAGUGUGACCACCACGACGGUCUCUCACUCUCUCUCUCUCUUUUUCUCUCUCUCUCUCUCUCUCUCUCUCUCUCUCUCUCACACACACACACUCUCGUGGAACAUCUGCCACGUCGCGUCCGAUGGAGAGAGGGGCCGAACCCCUCCUCCCCCGACGGGUCGUCGCUGAUGCGGACUUCCAGAUGAUCAUUCUUUUCCUCACGCGCCUUCUGCUGAAAGCGGGAGUUUCAGGAAGAACAGGAAGUCCGGAGAGCUCCGCGUGAAAUCUUCGCUACGAUGUCCCGCACCGUCUGCGUGGAAAACUUAAAGGCAUGCUGCGUGGCGAAGGGCGCGUUCGUGCGAGCAAGCCGGAGCAGAUGGACUCCCGCCCCGCAGCACACCUGACGCGAUCUUUGUUGCUGAAUGGGUGACGAGCCUCCAGUCGCUUCAUACACUCGACGCAUUGUGCAGGACAGGGUCCCCCAGCCGGGUCGCAGGGAUGUACCAGGAGGUGGCCUUCUUGGCAGGCAACACUGACCACCAGUUUACCCCUUUCCGUUUUAACCGCGUGGAAAAUCCACAGGAAGUCACAUCCAAGAAGGGCUUGUUCUACAAGAGAGCCCAGGUUCUGCUACAGUCUCAGCCGAAUCAGCAGGACGGAGACGAGGCGGGCCUGGCCGACAGGGCGGCCAUUAUCAACGUGGGGGGGAUCAAGUAUCACAUCCCCUGGUCCACGCUGGAUGAGUUCCCGCUGACCCGACUGGGCAAGCUGCGCAGCUGCAGCAACGAGGCCGAGAUCAUGGACGUGUGUGACGACUACGACGUCAGCCGCAACGAGUACUUUUUCGACCGCAACCCGUCGGCCUUCCGCAUCAUAGUGACCUUCCUGGCGGCGGGGAAGCUGAGGCUGCUGAGGGAGAUGUGUGCCCUUUCCUUCCAGGAGGAGCUGCUCUACUGGGGUCUGGAGGAUGACAACCUGGAGUGGUGCUGCCUCCGCAAGCUGCGCCUCAGGCAGGAGGAGUACAAGGAGCUGCAAAGACUGGAGGAGGAGGAGGCCGAACUCACCGCCCCGCAGUCCUGUGAGGAGAGCCAGCAGCCUCCGGGAGGGCCGGAGGAGACCCUCUCGGGGGGCUGCAUGCGAAGGCUCAGGGACAUGGUGGAGAACCCGCACUCGGGCCUGCCCGGCAAGAUCUUCGCUUGCCUGUCUGUGCUGUUUGUAGCCAUCACCGCGGUGACGCUGUGCGUCAGCACCAUGCCGGACCUCAGAGAGGAGGAGGAGAGGGGUGAGUGCUCCCAGAGAUGCUACAACAUCUUCGUUCUGGAAACGGUCUGCGUCGCCUGGUUCUCCCUGGAGUUCCUGCUGCGCUUCAUUCAGACUCAGAGCAAGUGCACGUUCCUGCGCACGCCGCUCAACGUCAUCGACGUGGUGGCCAUCCUCCCCUACUACAUCACCCUGAUCGUGGACUCUCUGUCUGUGGGGGGCAAACCCGCGGGCUCGGGGAACAACUACUUGGAGAAGGUGGGCUUGGUCCUCCGGGUCUUGCGGGCCCUGCGGAUCUUCUACGUGAUGAGGCUGGCCCGCCACUCACUGGGCCUGCAGACGCUGGGCCUGACGGUGAAGAGGUGCACGCGUGAGUUCGGCCUGCUGCUGCUCUUCCUCUGCGUGGCCAUGGCGCUCUUCUCGCCGCUGGUGUUCCUCGCCGAGAGCGAGAUGGGCGCCAAGCAGGAGUUCACCAGCAUCCCCGGCAGCUACUGGUGGGCCGUCAUCUCCAUGACUACGGUCGGCUAUGGCGACAUGGUUCCCAGGAGCAUCCCGGGCCAGGUGGUGGCGCUCAGCAGCAUCCUGAGCGGCAUCCUGCUCAUGGCCUUCCCCGUCACCUCCAUCUUUCACACCUUCUCCCGCUCCUACGUGGAGCUGAAGGAGGAGCAGAACCGGGCGCUGAGGCAGAAGGCUGACUCGCAGGACAGCACCAAGUCGCAGAACAGCGAGGACUCACAGGAGACAGACAGCUACCGCGGCAUGGCGGAGGCCACUGCGGCGGCGGCGCAGAGGAGGAAGUCCAUGGCUGCUCAGAGGGCGGCCGAGAUUAGAGCGUCCAUGAACACUUAGACGCCGACGGUCGAGUGACUUUUCUGGAGAAGCUGUGACAUCCGUCAUGAGAAUUCAAAGACGACAAGCUGAAGAGAAGGGGGAGAUUUCCCUGCUUUGACUGCAGGCGUCCCUGUGCAUAUCUGCGGGUCGCCAGGUUUACAAAGGAGCAGCAGAAUUUUUUUCUUUUCUUUGUCCAAAUCUUACUUCAACAUUUCAGAAACAGCACAAUAUCCUAGAUGAAACACCUUUAGCAACAUAAGACUGAUGGCCGGGAAGCUUGUGAAGAGGAAAUCUAACAUCACAGCAUCACAUUCUGUUCUUCAGAGCCUGGACUGAAACGCACACGGUGUUUUUAUUCUGAAAUGAAGGUGUUGCUCAGUUGUCAGCCGUGCAUUAUGUGAAGAUACAUACAGCAGAAACCAGGUUUUUAGACAAACGUUUGCAGUUUUAUGUCAGUUGGAGGAGUGUUUUUUAAAAUUAUACAAAAUAUGAAGUAUGGAGAGACAUAUUUAAAGAAAAUGAUUGUCUAAAACAAUCCUCUCAUAAUUCUGGCAUAGAGAAAACAAAAACUUUUUUUUUUGUUUGAUUUGCUGUCAUACAUAGAGUGUAUGUAAAUAUCUGGCUUCGACUUCACAUCUUCAUUUUCAUUUUGGUCUUUGACUAAAUCACUUGUUAGAGGCGAGGUUGGAAUAAAUCAUGUGCACGUAAAACAAAGAAACACAAUUUACAUCUAAAAAGUGGUGUUAAAAAAAAAAAAAAUUUAUUAUAUAGAACUGAACCUCAUGCUGAUAUUUUUAAAGAUGCCACUUUUCCUGUUCCCUUAAACACAUCGUAGCUAAGACAGGUGUUGUUUAUUAGGUACAGGAAUCAGGUCACAUCCACUGCAGCGUUCUCAUAAACUUCUGACUGAGUUAAUUACAUCCCAACCACCAAGCAGACAAAUCUGCAACGUGACAUUUUCAAAAUUGAGUCUCUAUAGAUAAACCAAAUUAUAUUUUAUUGCAUUAAUCAGUGCGGUUUAUAAGUGCUUGAGGGUGUUUAUUAAAAUAAUCAUUUUUAAAAAUACAGUUAGUUUCCAAAUAUAUUUACACCCCUUGAACCUUUAACCUUGUUGCAAAAUGCAAACUGUGAUGCAAUUUUGGGGGAUUUUAUUUGAUUGACACACAAAACGUAGAGCAUUAUUAAUAAGCGGAAGGAAAAUUCUUCAUAAAUAAGUGGAAAUCCUAUCGCGUUUUUAUUCAGCCCUCUUCAUUUUGACGCUCAUGAAUAAAAUACAGCUUUUAGAUGCUUUUAGAAAUCAUCUACUUUGUAAACUAAAGUCAUUUUAUGUUUGCUUUAAACAUCUGCAUAUUACAGGUAGUCAACAUUUUUUUUUUUUGAAAACUGUUCGGAUUUGCUGAAAUCGCAAAAAACAUUCUUACUUUUACUGUCAGACUGUAGAAGUCAGCCUGAAGUUAUUUUUCUGUGUGCCUAAUUUUAAUCAAACAUUGUUCAGUUUUAGAGUUAAAAUAACGCUGGCCUUUCAGUUGAGUGGUGGCCCUUAAAAAACUCAAAGCUAAGCUAAUUAUUCCCCCACUUGUUUGUUUUUACCUCUCCAGCUCCAUGAUGUAUAAUAUAUCCAGCACAUUUCCUCUAAAUCAACUUGUGCCUAUUUCAUGUUUCACCAAAUCCUGUUACGCCACUGAAAGUAUUUAUGCUAACAUUGAUUAGCCACGUAGCCACUUCUCUAUGGCAUGUCAAACUUUCUUGGUACGAUAUUGUUUUCACGUGGAGAAACGUCACUGAGCUCUGACCUAACAACUAACUAGUUUCCUCUACUAAUACAAAAUUCACAACAAAAUAUUUCAUAGCAUGUUAGCACCUCGCUAAAUAUCAGAGGAGCUGUUAGCGUCUUCAGGAAUGGGAGUAAAGUAUGACCUCUAAACAUAUUUGAGUAUGGCUGAAGGAAGAUCAAAUAUAAUAUAAUAAAAGUUUAGAUAUUCUGUUUGCUCUAAGAGCACGGACAUUCUCUAAAGACAUUCAUAUAAACCCACCUGCUAAUUUUUAAUUUAGUAUCAUCAGAUCUCAAACAUGAACCAGAGAAUUUAAAGGGCUUCACAUUCGACUGGCAUGGCUGCUGUUUUUACUGCUGAGUGACUCCGUUCUGCUCAUAAAUGUUAUGUUUUCAACAUGGCUUUUUUGGGGCGAAAAUGUAACAAAGUUGAUUGAUGUUUUGAUCUGACCCUUUUUUUUGUUAUAUCUGCUGUUUGUUUGGCGCCACCUGUUGACGUGGAGUAACAUUGUCCCUCCUGGCACACAGCCACCAUUUUAUCGCAUGGUUUAGCGGUGCAGCAGAUGGCAGGCAGAGCACUAGAAAUUACAGAAUAGCAAUUAAAAAUUAGAAACAGAGGUAUUACCCCUUUUUAAAAAAGCAGCAGCAUAAAUAUUUUAAGAAUGCAAUACCCUUUAACAACAUGCUAACAUAUAAUAUAGACUGCUAAUUUUGCAGCAUUUUGUUAAUGCUCACCAAUAGGUUUUUGUGUUAUACAAUUUUUACUCAUUUUGCUAUUUGUAAAUAAGAACAGAGCGGCGGACUAGACAACCUGUUACAAUGGAAACAUUUUUAUAAUGUUCUCAACAGAUUCUUCCUGGUGAUUUGUUUUUAGACUAAGUAAACAUGAUAUUAUCAGUUACGACUUUCUUUGAUCCUUUGUCCAGUUCUGCAUCAGAUGGGCAACAUAGAAAACUUUAAAGUUCACCAAAAUAAGUAUAAAUCAUCUUAAAUGUUUACUUGAAUUUGAACAGCAAUGACUUACUUACAGACCUGUUUAUAAGAAAUAUUUUUAUUGAUUCCCUUUAAGGGAUAGUUUGGAUUUUUCUUGACAAUUGAUUCUUGAACCCACACCUGAACAGGUGGACGAUGCAAACUCAACUUGGGACACCAGACAUAAUUCAGACUUACUUGCUGUGAGACAACAGAUUACAAGAAAAUAACAAUUUAAUCCAACAGUGACAUCAGUGACGAACUUUGACAUUCACAUAGAAAAACCAUCAAAGUGAUUAUGGUAAAAGAGUAAUGUACUGACUACUGAUGAUCUCCUGACAGAACCCCACUUAAAAAAUACAAACUUGACCUCUUAUCUUGCAGUAACUGUCCUGCCCACCAGGGGAGCUCUCUCCUAGUUGAAACCAGAAAACUCAAUCGAUUCUUUCCUCCCCCGACAAUAAUAAUAAUAAUAAUAAUAAUAAUAAUAAUAUAGCUUUUCUAUUAUGGUAACUUUUCUUUAUUUAUGUUUUUAACCCGUUUAUAGGUGAGGUUUUAUCUAUAUAGGUUCAUAUCAGUCAAACAAACUGACUUGUAAAUGUUUUGCUUUGCAAGCUGCUGACAGUUUAUAUUGCAGCCUGUGAAUCAAAAUGUUCUGCUCUCUAAAACCGUCUCAAAGAUUCACAGUAAUUCCCAGAAUCAUGAUUUCUUCACAUAAAUCUCCAGUGUAAACAAACGUCUUCAACUUUGAUCGAAUGCAUAAAAGAAACAAAACCUCCAAAAACUGUUGAUGGUGAAACUGUCCAAAGCACCACUUUGUAGGCUGUGAAAAAAAAAAACCAUGUUUCACUUGCAGACUGAAUCUCUGGAUUAAACGCAGGACCAAAAAGAAAAUAGCUUGAACACAUUAUUACCCUGCAGAAACUGUUCUGUACAACAUGAACCGUUUUAAGCUGGGAUGAGGAGGUGUUGGAACGAACAUUAAACUGAAAUGAAUUUGCAGUUUGCAUCAUAAAUCCACAGCCUGAGGAACAGUUGUGUGCAUUUUUUUUUUCUAUUGGAAAAUGUAAUAAAGACUAUAAUAAACACAUUGCUGUGUGAA